AUGUCUCUAGAAGAGAAGUUUCAACAAGCCUCGGCUGAAUUCCAGAAACUCCAGCUGUCGCUGACCACCGCAAUCGACGCACGAGAACGAUUAGAGGCACAGUUAUCGGAGAACGAGCUGGUGAAAAAGGAAUUCGCGUCCCUGACGCCGGAAAACACUGUAUACAAGCUCAUCGGACCCGUCCUCGUCCAGCAAGACCAGGCGGAAGCGAAAAGCAAUGUGGAUACGCGUCUCGACUUUAUCCGGAGUGAAAUUAAAAGAGUAGAGGGACAGAUUAAGGAUAUCGAAAGCAAGCAGGAGAAGGCAAAACAAGAGCUCGUUGCACUCCAGACUGCGAUCCAGCAACAAUCCCAAAAGCCGCCUGCUCAAGCAUAA